AUGACUCUAAGCAAUAUGAAACGUUUGCCACGGCCCGUGAACACGCUUUUUGUAUCGGAAAAGCUGGUCUAUCGCAGUGUGCAGAUGUCCGACCUGGACAUAUUCUACCAAAUUAUCAGCGAACCCGGGUGCAUGGAAAUGGGCCACCCGCUUAUUUCCCGCCCACCAACCCAAAAGUCAAUGGAUCAUUUUGUCGAAUCCUACCAAAAGAAAGCCCUGAUAUUUGUCUUCAUCUGGCUACAAGAAAAGUCGGAGAAUGGGCACAUCAUAGCAGGCAAGCCGAUUGGGUCUCUCAACAUGUCCCCGCCAUCGCUCCAAGCCAGGGAAGAUCACCGUUCUACGAGCUUUUCCAUUUGGCUUUUAGAAGAAUAUCGUGGUAAAGGCUAUGGGGAAGAAGCUACUAAUUGGGCUGUGGACUGGGCAUUUAUUUAUGCUGGCGUGCACCGUAUUGAACUCUGGUCCUUCAGCUUCAACGAGGCAGCAAUACGGCUGUGGGAAAAGAUUGGAUUCAAAUUGGAAGGCAGAAAGCGAGAAAAUGUGUGGUUCUAA